AUGGCACCCGGUGUCCCUCUGCUUGAACUGCUACAACUUUAUUACGAGGACUACUCAUCGGGCGCGGAUAUCAUCCUCUCAGAUGUCUAUCCUGUCGCCAUCGGCGCUACUUGGUCCGCGGUGUAUGAUACCGUGUGCAACACGACCUAUGGCUGCUGUGGAUGCGACGACUGCAAGGGCGAAUUCGAGGACAUUUCCAGCUGCCUCGAUCUCUUUGCUCAAUACCAGGGCUGGAUUGGCGGUGGUCCCAAGACAUACUUGGGAGUUCCGCAAGCAUUUGGCAAUGAGUCCUUCUGGAGUCGGUAUCCCACUGCGGCUGAGGAGGUGACGAUGAACAUUCUGAGCAUCAACCACAAUGCCAAGGGGAUCGUGAUGUGGGAUUACCCGACCAGCGCAGAGCUGGGAAACAUGACGAGCGCAUUGGCUCGCGUACUGGCUUCGCGAGAUGUAACGCGGUUCCUGCUGGGGGCGCCGACUGUCGUGCUGGAAGUGACUUCAGGGCAGCAACGGAUCGAUGCAGCAGGCUGGAGAGUGGGUAACCGAACGCUGGUCAGUAUCUUGUACCUGGAUUAUUCAGCGCUCUCAUCACGCGUGGCAGUGGCAUUGCCUUUCAGAGGAGCCCGUUCGAUUGAAAAGACACUCUGGGGUUCCAAUGGCUGGCAGGUGUCGCAGGGCCAACUGGUGAAGAACGGCAUGGACGCACUGGAGUCGAAUCUCGUGAUUGUAGAGUGGCCUAGUCCGCUUCCGGAUUAG